AUGGAGGAACACGCUAUCGACAAAUGCGACAACCUGUCUUCCUCGGAAGGCACCGUCUCACCAUCGAACCUGGGCAAGUCUAUACGGGCUACUGAUUACGCAACGGCCGAUGGCGCCGGAAGCUGCGGUCUCAUUGUGAACGACCUCACCGUGUCUGACGCUCUUGACGAGCUUCUCUCGAGCUCUCUAGAUGUCCUUCAAUGGGGGGACUUGUUCACCUGGAAUGCCGAAGAGAACCAUUCUCCCCUUCCGAGCUACUCUAUUAACGAAGUCCCAUGUUCCAACCAAGGACCACCCGCUAUCCUAGACGAUUGGACAAUCCGUGAAACUAUCAACCAGCAGAUGACGGAAAUUCGAGGGUCCAGCAGUGUACGGCCUAGUGUCUUUCCGGAGCUGAACGAUGAUCUAAUUGCGGAUGCUCCGCUACUUUUGAAACACUUUUACGAUGAAGUCAUAAAUCAAAUGGGCUCGCUACCGAUCAACGAGAAGUCUGCAUGGAGGAUUUUAAAUUUUCCUUCCGCCAUCGUCACACUGAGUCAGCUUACUAUUCUUGAACUACCCAGUCAUGAUAUUCGACACGCCAACUUGUCGAACCUUUACGCCCUCAUCGCGCCCGAACGGUACUGGAAAUCUCUAUCUGAGAGGACAUAUGAAUGCGCCAAAUUCCACCUGAAGCUUAGCUUGGAGGAGGAGUCUGCCGCCCCAAAGAAGGCCAAGUACAAAGAACAACUGAUGGCCGCCGCAGCUAUCCUUGCAACCGCUUUGUUGUCUGGUAACGAACAAGAUACAUGUCGAUAUCUCGUAGAAAUGGAGAGGUUAAUCCGUACUCGCGGGUUGCAAAAGUCAAAGUUAUCACGUCGAGCACGACUGUUACACAAUAUUUAUGCCUGGAUGAGAAUAGUCUCGGAAAGCACUAAAACUUUCCACGAUGAAGCACCAGUACUCGAUCCAAUUGGCAUCAACAAUGGUUGGGUCACCGCUCAAGACCAUGUUCCUGCUCACGAUCAGUCUCAAGCUGGAAUAGCGUCGCUCAGGCCAAAAAUCUCAAGCGCGGAGGAACUGAGAAAGGUUUACCCAGAAAUUACCCUGGAUAACUUCCUUCACUUGGAACCGCUCCAGCUUCAUCCCGAAACCACUCCCGGCAAUAUCAUCAACGACGAGAUGACGGGUACGAACAAAGACAUACAUCUGGCAACUUCGCUACAGGAUCAGGAAGACAUGUAUAUGCAGAUAUACGGCGUGCCCGAAACCUGGCUGAGACUUGUGUCCCAGAUUACGCGACUAGCUAAUGUUAUGGACCGUCUUGCGCCAAAUGAAAGCCAACUUGACGCCAUCAAAAUGGCAGCACUACAACCAAAAGCAUCCUAUCUAGAAGAAGCUGUGUGUGCCUUCAAAGCAAGAUACCACGGACAGUACGAGCAAGAUUUGAAUACCGAGAAGCCUCACGUACAUAUGGUGCGGGCACUACGCCCGGCCUUGAUGAUAUUCUUCUAUCGCAGGAUUCGAAACAUCAAUCCUAUGCUGCUUCAAGAAAGUGUCGAUGAGGUGAUGGAGGCAUUGCAAGGAUUUGACGAUGCUUUGAGUCGGAAUAAGUUGCUCGGGCCAGGCACAGCUUGGCCAGCUUUCAUUGCAGGUGCAGAAGCGACGAAACCAGAGAGAAGGGCGCAGUUCAGCUCUUGGCUAAACAGAGCAUACACUAAGUCAGGAUGGAAAGGCUAUUGUGUGUCUAGUGAAGUUUUGUGUGAGGUUUGGAGGCACCAGGAUGCGGAUGCAAACACGUCACGGAGCUCAACAUGGGUAGACGUUUGUAGGGUGAACCGCCGCUGGCCGCUAUUAUGUUGA